AUGCCAGCCACCGAAAAUACCAUCAUGGAACCGAGUCAGGCCGUCGCUAUCUCUACCAGCCCGGAUCCAUUUAACUCUCCGAACAUCCCGUUGGAAACACGCCUUUACCCGAAUUCCCAGAGACGGGUACGAGAGAGCUGUGAGUCGGUUGAUGUUAGAACAUCCCCAGGUAACGAGAUGGGGUUCCACUACCAUGAAUUCAGCGGGGCGAGCAGCGAUUCUGACGGGGAGGAUCGGCACGGAGUCCGGGAGAGAUGCGGCGGGGUUCAGCGCGACUCCAGCCCCAUGCCGUCGGACAAAUGUGAUGAUCUUCUCCCAUCAGGGGUACACGGGGACUACGGAAAAGGAGACCCCAACGCUGAUCAAGUUCGCCGGUAUCGAACCGCCUUCACUCGGGAGCAAAUCGGCAAACUGGAGAAGGAGUUCUCACGAGAAAAUUACGUUUCAAGACCACGCCGCUGUGAACUGGCAACUUCUUUAAAUCUUCCAGAAACUACCAUCAAGGUUUGGUUUCAGAACAGACGAAUGAAAGAUAAACGUCAACGAAUGUCAAUGGCAGCAUGUUCGUGGCCGCACCAUGCCGCUAUGGACCCCAACCUCUACUCCCUCAUGCUGACCGGACGUCUACCGUACCCUUGUCCCUCUACAGCGUUCAGUUACUACCAGCCGGGCCACCCUCCUCUCUCCCCAACAGUCGGUGCGUCACACGAUGCGUAUAACAGCUACGCCGUACAUCUUCGCAGUCGCUCGGCGGACCUCCUGCGUUCAAUGUGUCACCCAUACGCCCGCCUCGGUUCCCCGGCUGGAGCUCCUAGCUUCUCCGCAUCGGACCUCCUGGCAGCUCGAGCCAGUGUCGCGGCCAGCUCCUCCUUCAUAGCACCCACUUCUGUCCCGUCCCAAGCCACUCUCCCCUGUGCUUGUCAUCAUCACUACCGGCAUGGUCAUCCCGCUGGUCACUCUUUGUCCGGAGUACACGCUUCGUCUGCGAUGCCCCUCUCGGCUGUAGGGUUAGGCCACAGAGACGGGGAUGCACCAAUACCUGGGAUCUGCGCUCUAGCACCGUCAGUCCACCACUCUUAAAGCUAGUCCCAAAAUACUCGAGUCACCCUUUGUAAAGUUGACGUUGUUCAAAGACUUGAAGAAACUGUUGUAAUGAUUGAAGAUUGGAUCAACUGUACUCUGACAUUGGAUAAACUUGUGAUAAAUUGCCACUCGUGUUAAAAUAUAAUGACUGUAAAGAAAAGACGUUCACCUAUAUGUUUCAAUAUUUAAGAUAAAAUUGAGAAUUCCAAGUCACA